AUGGAACAGACUCCACGGCCAGAUAACGAGGGGACUCUCUUGCGAGAGCUCGAUGAUGGCGAGUUUGAAGAAAUUACCUACGAGAUCCCACCCAGUGAGAAUGUGGGGGAGGAGGGCGAGACAGUACCAGAAGCCGACCUGGCAGAUCCCGGAAUGGAACAAUUAGCACACCAGGCCCCAGGUUAUGUCGAUUUGGUUGCUAGGAGCCAGAGAGAGUACGAUGCGUUGCAAAAGCUUUCAGAGGACUACAAGAUUACACAAAAGGAGCAGAAAGAGGCUGAAGAUAAGGCCGCCGCUGAGGAGGAGCUCGCUAUGGAGCAAUUGGAGGAGGAACAACCAUACUGGCCGGAGGAAUACGAGCGAGGCGAGCGACCAACCGGCGAAGCUGGCCGUUUUCAUCCAUUGUCCAUUGAGGGUCGCUUCUACGACAGCCCUGUCGAAAUUUCUUUGCCAAAAGAUGAGCUGAUCAUGCCCAUUCGUGACCUUUUGCAGCGAACGCAUAUUGAUCAUGUCAAGAGCGCUGCUGAGAGUGCCUUUGGUGGCGCCGGCCUUCCUUUGUCCCCCGCGACACCCGAAGCCAAGAGGAAUGGAAAUAUGCAUGGCGUUGGUCUUCCAGCAGACCAGCGACACAUGACUGAGAUUGAGGGCGAUGCUUUUCUUGCGGGAUUCUUGCCACCGGCCUAUGCCUCCGUCAUGGCCACUCUCAGAGAAGUCCGCAAGCGAGUCGGAAGCGACUGGCUCCAGACCAAGCUCAAGAAUGGCAGUGGCAUUAGUGUCCUCGAUGCAGGAUCUGGUGGUGCGGGAUUGGUCGCCUGGGACCAGAUUGUUCGAGCAGAAUGGGAAUUGUUGAAGGAGAAGGGCGAAGUGAAGGGAAACAAGAUACCAGGCAAACGUACAGUCAUUAUUGGCUCUGAUCGUCUACGUCACCGCACCAAGACGUUCCUUGAGAACACAACUUUCCUUCCCAGACUUCCUGAUUAUGAACACUCGGGAGAAAUGAAGGGCGAACGUCUGGAUGCUGGAGACAAACCACAAGCCCGAAAGAGCUACGAUGUUAUUGUCGCCUCGCAUCUUUUCCUCAAGGAAGAACAGGAUCACUACCGACAAGCCGUCCUCAACAACCUUUGGAACCUGUUGAACAAGGAUGGUGGUAUCUUGAUUGUUCUCGAGAAGGCUCACCCUCGCGGAUUCGAGGCCGUGGCUCACGUUCGUGACACAGUCCUGAAGCAGUUCCUUCUUCCCCAGUCCGGAGAGCCCGAGCUUCUCCCCGAAGACUUCAACCCUGCUUAUGAUCGCGAAAAGGAACUCGGAUAUGUCGUCGCUCCUUGUACCAACCAGGGUCUAUGCCCCAUGUAUCAGACACCCGGCAAGAGCGUUGGCCGUAAGGAUUACUGUCAUUUCAGCCAGCGAUUCGUUCGUCCUAUGUUCUACACUCAAAUGCUUGGAAACAGCUCCAACAACCAGGGUGAGGUUGAGUUUAGUUACGUCGCUAUCAGACGAGGUGUUUCCAAGGAGAAGUCUAUGACCGGAAAGGAAGCGACAAACCAGGCCUUUGAGGGACACGAAAACUCAGAUGAAAAGCCCGCCAUGCAGAGUCUUCCACGAGUGAUUAUGCCUCCUCUGAAGCGAAAGGGGCAUGUCACACUUGACCUGUGCACGCCAGAGGGUAGGCUUGAGCGAUGGACGGUCCCUAAGAGUUUUAGCAAGCUAGCAUACCACGAUGCUCGUAAGUCACGAUGGGGUGACCUUUGGGCUCUGGGUGCCAAGACACGAGUGCAGCGAACCGUCCGCGCUGGCAAGGGUCUUGAUGACGGUGGCAAGCGUGCCGGACAGGGCAAGAAGCCCAGAAAGGUCGAGAUUGUCAUGGGUCCUGGUGGCAUCAGUGCCAGCGAGAAGAAUGCUCCUCGCGAGCGUCGUAGCAGGAACAAGCUGGACAAGAGGGGUCGUCUUCUCCAAGAGAUUAUGGAGGCGGAGGAAGAGGAGGAGAGAAUGAUCUCCAAGCAAAUGGACGAGGAAGUCGAAGCCGAGCUGGAGGAUGAAGCUGAGGUUGAGAGAAGACGCCGACGUUGA